UUGAAAUUAAUCAUGAAGCCGCAAUUAGCAGAAUCUAAACCAAAUCCCGUGGGCUCAGGGGAAGCUGAUGAAUGUUUGUUCGAAUAUUUACAUGCUGAAAUUGUCAAUUAUGUUAUGACUACCACGACAAGUAAUAAAGAAGGUGAGGAAGAAUUAUCUAAACUGGAAUGGAUGGGUUUCGGCGUUGGAUAUCGAGUGAUCGAACGAUUGACUCGAGAAUGGUCUCGAUUCAAGGAUGAAUUGGAUAUGAUCAAAUUCAUCUGCACCGAUUUUUGGUCGAGUCUUUACCAAAAACAGAUCGAUAAUUUGAAGACCAAUCAUCAUGGGACCUACAUGCUUCAGGAUAAUGCCUUUCGUUUAUUAGUGCACAUUGGAGCUAAAGACAGUAAACAGUAUUUACGGGAGUGUCCAAAGCUUUUGGCUUUUACCUGUGGCCUUUUGAGAGGAAGUCUUGCUAAUCUUGGAAUUGUUAGUAUUGUCAAAGCAGAAAUCUCUUCCUUACCUAGUUGUAAAUUUCAUAUUGAGGUACAAAGGGUUUAAUUUAAUACUAGCAUUGCAAGGGUAUCAUAACACUAAAGCAAAAUUUAUAGAUUCCAAUUCAGAAUCAAUUUUUUAUUACAAGAUGUGCAUUCUUUUCAAAUUUUUAAUUAAAAUUUUUUUUUUCUCAUUUUCAUAGAACUUUCAUUUUGAUUGAAUUGAUUCAUUUCGUUUUACUAUUUUAUUACUCAAUACAAACAAUUGGGGAUUACUUCAAGAUUAUAGAUGAGUAAACACACACUGUAAAUUAUUUAGAGCAGCAAUUUGAUAUAUUAUGACAAAAUGGUGUAAAUUUAAGGACAAUAAUAUGUUUUCCUUUAAUUGAAAA